AUGAGUCAAGUCAAUGAUGUUUCAAUUGUAUCAAGUGAUAAUCAUAUAAAUACAUUUUUAAAUGGUAUACAAUUAUCUAAAAUCAAUAUGAUCUAUAAACAAUGUUUAAAAUGUAAAGAAGAUAAUCUUUAUGAAAUUGAUAACAAAUACUAUAAUUGUAAAAUACAAUUCAAACCAGUACAUUUGGCAACCAAUGUAGACAAGAAUGCCAAGGAAAAGAGUGGUAUUGCUGCUGAUGCAACUUCAUACUUUGCUGGUGAAUUGGUUGUAUUAGUAUUUGAUCAAUCAAAUGAAAAAUCAUUCAAUUCAAUUAAAUCAUAUCAUAGUAAAUUGGUUGGAGAAUCUGAUGGAAAUGAAUCGAUUGUAUUGGUAGAUGUAAAUAAUGGUAAAGAGAUAUCGACCGGUGGAUCAUCGGUAGAUAUCACUGUAAUAGAGGAAUGGUGUAUAGAGAAUGCAAUCGAAUUGAUCAUACUCGAAGAAGAGAAACACAAGAAAUAUGAUCAACAAAAGGGUGAUACAGACGAUGACCAAAGAAUCAAAUAUGGUGUUGAAAGAAUCAAAGAAUUGUUAGAAACUACCAUGUGGUCAAACAUGGAUUAUAAAACUUCAAAUCGUCCAACCGCUGCUGCAUCAAAUGAUUUAUCAGACGAUGAUGAAGAUAAUCAACAACAACAAAAAUCAUCUUCUUCUUUAUCAAAUGGAGAUGGAAGUAACAAACAACAAAUGGAUUUAAUAACUGAAUCAUUAAAAAGAGUGGAAAUCUAUUUUGAUGAAGGAAACAAGCCACCAACCAAAAAGACUACUACAGGUAGUGGAGGUGUCGAAUCAACAGAGGAUGAAGAAGUGGCAGAGGAAUUUGACCAAGUGGCAUUAUUUGAAAAGACAUUUAGCCAACUCCAAGACAUUAGACAACAAAUGCAAACAAUGAAUGAUCAAGAUAGACGUGAUAUGGCGGCUAAAAUUGCUCUCAUGUUUGCUUCCAAACUUGAUGGUGGUAAUGAUGAUGAUGAUGAUUUGUAA